AUGGCACCACCAAAGAAAUAUGCCACUGAGGAGGAACGUAAAGCUGCCGCUGCUGCGAGACAGAGGGAGAGACGUGCGCGGGAAACCGAUGAGCAGCGUGGUAAAAGGCUUCGGAGAGACAAGUAUAGAAAACGAUUGAGAACUAAAGAAGAACUUGAAAGAUUACAAAGGAUGGCACAAUUAAGACGUAAAAGGUUGCAGAAUGAAACUGAUGAGCAGAGAUCUGCAAGGUUGCAUAGGGAGGCAGAGGCAAGACGACUUAGAAGAAAAAAUGAAACUGAUGAACAGAGAUCUGCAAGGUUAGAAAAGGAGGAGAAUGCAGGGAGGCAGAGGCAAGACGGCAUAGAAGAAAAAAUGAAACUGAUGAACAGAGAUCUGCAAGGUUGCAUAGGGAGGCAGAGGCAAGACGACAUAGAAGAAAAAAUGAAACUGAUGAACAGAGAUCUGCAAGGUUGCAUAGGGAGGCAGAGGCAAGACGACUUAGAAGAAAACAUGAAACUGACAAACAACGAUCAGCUAGAUUAG